AUGCGGAGAACAGGUCCGAGUGAGCUGCAAUUUGAUCCCGAGAUAGAGAAAACUACUCGAGCGAAUAGGAAGGCAGCAAGGGAAGCUCUACUAGCUUCUAGACACAAAGCUACUUCAAGUGGUGCUCAAAACUGUCAAGAGCAGAAUUUUUCUGAUAUGGAGGACGAACAAGAGCCACUGGUUCAUGAACAACCACCUCCACCACUGAGAAGGACCUUAGGUGACUAUGGAAGAAGAGACAACGAUGCAUUGGCCAACCAAGGUAGAGCCAAGGAUUGGCUUGAUACUAUUCCAGCAGGGACCAUUGAGACUUGGAGGCAGCUAGAGAGAAAGUUCCUUGAUCGCUACUUUCCAAUCCAUAAAUUUCUGGAAAGAAGAGCAGAAAUAAGUAACUUUGAACAAGCCGACGGUGAGACCUUGUAUGAUGCGUGGGAAAGCUGGUGGAUCAUUGAAAACAGAGAUGAAACCGAGGCAAGGGAACUUGUGGAGAGUAUGGCACAGAAUGAAUACCGUGCAACCAAUGAUAGAGGUGCGAAGAAAAGAGGAGGAAUGUUAGAGCUUGAUACACAAACUGCACUUUUGGCCCAACAAAAGUUAAUGACAAGUCAAAUGGAGGCCAUGAUGAAGUUUCAAACUCAAGCUUCUUUAGUUGGCAAGGUUGAAAAUGUGAUAUGUGACUUUUGUUUGCAAGACCAUCCGAAUGGUGGAUGCUUCCCAGAAGGGUCGGAGGAAGCCAGGUACUUGGCCAACUUCCGGAAAUCUUAUCCAAACAACAACAAUGGUUCCGGAUGGGGAAAUAUGCAAGGACAAGGAUCUGCUCAACAAAGACCUCCCUCAAGAAUGGAGGAAACAUUGAAUCAGUUUAUGAUGAUGACUCAAAGCAACUUUGAAGCUAUGAAGUCUAGCCAAGAAACCUCCAACAAAAACCAUGAGGCUUCAAUAAAAAAUCUAGAGGUACAAAUGGGUCAACUCUCAAGGCAAUUCUCUAUGUUGCAAAAUAAUGGAGGAUUUGGUGGAAACACUCUAGAUAACCCAACGAAUGAAUCAUGCAAUGGAAUUACUUUGAGAAGCCGUGAAAUUCUGGAGAGAGAUGAGGGAGAAGUUGAAAAUGAGAAGUUGUCUAGGGAAGUAGAAGUGAGUGAUGAUGAGGAAGUUGAAGUUGAAAAACAGAGGGAGUUGAGAAAAAAGGAGAAAAAGAAGAGUGAGAAAGGCAAGGGUGUAGAUGAAUCACCAUAUGCUAGGGUGCCAUACCCUAGGAAGAAAAGAGUGAAGAACCAAGAUUGUGAAAAAGACUUUAAGAAGUUCAUGAAAGUUCUUAAUAAACUUGAGAUGGCGAUUCCCUUAGUUGAGGCACUAGAACAAAUGCCAAGCUAUGCUAAGUUCUUGAAAGAACUUCUCACCAAGAAGAGGAAGCCGUUAGAUGAUGAGAUGGUAAGCAUGACUGAAGAGUGCAGCGCGUUAAUUCAAAGGAAGUUACCCCAAAAGAAGAAAGAUCUGGGGAGCUUCACUAUACCAUGUUCCAUUGGAAAUCUAACAAUUGGUAAGGCUUUAUGUGACUUGGGAGCGAGUAUUAAUCUGAUGUCAUUGUCUAUGAUGAAGAAGAUACCGGGUGCGGUAGCAAAUCCAACCAAGAUGAGUCUUUCCUUGGCGGAUAGGUCUAUUGUAAAUCCGGAAGGGAUUUUACAUGAUGUGCUUGUGAGAGUGGCUGGUUUUGUGCUCCCGGCUGAUUUUGUGGUGCUUGACAUAGAAGAAACAAGUGAUUGGAAACCAUUACUUCUUGGAAGACCCUUCUUGGCCACAAGUCGUGCUCUUAUUGAUGUGGAGUUGGGUGAACUUAUGCAGAGAACUGAGGACCAUCAAAUUGUGUUCAAUGUCUUUAAAACUAUGAAGUGCUAUGAUGGAGAUCCUCAAUGUUUCCAAGUCCAAGUGUAUGAUGAAAUGAUCAAAGAAGCUCUCAAGUUACCAUGGAAGGAAACUCACUUGCCACAAGGUGGCACUCUACUCCAUAACCCUUAG